AUGGAUGAUUAUAGUCUUAGAUUAUUCCCAGGAUUAUCACAUAGACCACCCCCACGAAGUGCCUCAAUUACUUAUGUUAAUGGUGUUCCUGUGCAGGUAAAUGGAAAUGAUUUAGUUAGAGCCCACCCAAUACCAGCUACCUAUCCACCAAAAGGUAGAAUGACAGUACCACCACCACCAGGUUAUGUUCCUGUUUUUCAACCAAAUGAAACUGUAACUUGGGAUCCAGUAAUUGGCCAAUAUAGAAGAGAGCAACAACAAAGAGAACAGCAACAAAGAGAGCAGCAACAAAGAGAACAGCAACAAAGAGAACAACAACAAAGAGAGCAACAACAACGAGAACAGCAACAAAGAGAGCAACAGCAAAGAGAACACCAGAGACAGCAGCAAAUUGAACACCAGAGACAACAGCAACAAAGAGAGCAACAACAAAGAGAGCAACAACAAAGAGAACAACAACAAAGAGAGCAGCAACAAAGACAGCAACAAAUUGAACAACAAAGACAACAACAGAGACAGCAACAACAAAUUGAACUUCAGAGACAAAAAGAGGAGCAGCAAAGAAGACAAUUGGAGGAACAAAAAAGACAAAGAGAACAAAAAUAUAACUUUGAACAAACACAAAACAAUAUAAAUGGUUCAGGCUCAACACUAAUUAAAUCCAAUUCAUUCCACUCUAUAAAACAAGAACCAGUAACAACCCAAGGACAACAACCAUUUCAAAAACAAAGAAAAAAUCUAGAACCUCUAGACCCACCUGCUGAAAUAAAACACAGUACUCCUACACCUUCUCAAACACCUCAACAAAAACAAGAAAGCAUUAAAGAAACCAAAAACAUAUCAAAAGAAUACCCAAUAGAGAAGAAAUUAAAUGAUCUAUCAAUAAAAGGAGAUAAAAAUAAAGAAACCAUUACUUCGGAGGCCGAACUAAAUCAAAGAAAAAGAAUGAAAAGUUUAAAUGAGCUUUUAUCAACCGAAGAAAGUUAUUCAGAUUCAUUGGAAAAGCUACUUUUGUAUUAUAAGCUUCCAUUAGAAAGUAAACUAAAUACCAAAGAAAUGAGCAGUAUUAAUCAAUCAGAUGUCAAUGCUUUGUUUAGCAAUGUUGAAGCUCUUCUGGUUAUCAGCAAGGAUUUACUACUUAAAUUGAAAUAUGAAUUCAGUUUACCAGAGAAUGAACAAAAGAUUGGUGAUCUCUAUAUAGAAAAAUCAAAAGAAAUGAAACUGUAUGUUGCAUAUAUAAACAACUAUGAAUUAGCAAUGGAAGAGCUAAAGAAAAUCGAAGAAACCUCACCAAAAUUCUUUAAAGAUUGUCAAAGUAAAUACAAAUACUCUUUAGAUAUUAGAUCAUUAUUAAUUAUGCCAGUUCAACGUAUACCAAGAUAUGAACUAUUAUUUAGAGAAAUAUUAAAAUAUACAAAUCAAAACAGUCCAGAAUAUCAAAAACUUUUAGAAGCUCAUCAAUCCAUCCACAAAAUUAAUGACUAUAUUAACAAUAAUAAAAAACUAAGAGAAAAUAAAGAUAGAGUUGUCACUAUUGCAAAAGAAUUAAAAGGUUGUCCUGAUUCAUUAUUCAAAUCAUCUAGAAGAUGGAUAAAAGAAGGUAUAUUAGAUAUAACAUGUUCAAGUAAAAAAUAUAAUGGCCAGUUUAAUGUGUACCUAUUUAAUGAUUUAAUUGUCUUGGGUAAACACAAAACAUUCAGAUCAAAGAUAAUAGAGUACUUUGCUGAAAUCAAUUUAGAUAAUAGCGAGUUUAAAGAAAUUCCGGGUAGUCCUACUAAAUUUAGAUUCAUCUCCGACCCUGAAGGCAAAAAACCAUUAAUCUUUACCUUUGAAGCAGAAAACGAAAAAAUUAAAGAUAGUUGGAUCAAAAAUCUUAAACUUUUAGACGAAGAAAGAAAACUAAGCAAUGUAAUACCAACAAAAAAAUAA